AUGGAUCAAGUUGGAAAUCUCUUCAGCUACAGCUGGACGUUGGCUUGUCUGCUGGCACAAGUACUGAGAGUGGGAUUAAGCGUUGUGGUAGUAAUGCUCCUGGGGCCUUUGGCGCUGCUGUAUGUGUAUGAUGUUGGGCUGUAUACGUGGCGCGUGGUAUUGAACCGUGGGCUUCUUCUGGAGGGUGACGUUCCGGCUGUGGACCUUGCUGCAGCGAGCCUGGAUGCUGGAACGCCGGACAAAGACGCGGAGACCUACACUAGCGACUUCGAAGUGAUUAGCAAUGGUUCGUGCGACAGCGAGAUCGAAACUGAAAACUUAGAUUCCGUCUCCAACAGCGAUACGGACUGGGACUCAAUCACCGCAACGUCUGUUACGGAGGCGUGUGCAGCGCCCACACCGCCGUUUCGCGGCGUCAAGGGCUCUUUCACCAAGUUUUCGGACCUCAUCACGGUGACCAUAUCUGCGGGCGGUGGCCACACGACGUCAACCACAUCGAGGCAGGUGGAGACGUACGAACACGAGAUAAAGCUAGUCACGGGCCGAGCCUGA